AUGUUCGCCAUAGAAGAAAUAAACAGAAGAUCUGACCUCUUACCUAAUAUCACUCUGGGAUACAAGAUCUAUGACUCCUGUGUGUUAGAACAUAAAGCUGUACAGAGUGCACUGAGUAUACUGUCAGGACGAGAAGAAGCCGUCCCCAACUACAGCUGUGAUGAGAAGAACAACGUGGUGGCUUUUAUCGGACACUUGAUGUCUACCUCCAGUCUGUCCAUAGCGGAGAUAACUGGGAUCUAUGGCUAUCCUCAGAUCCUCUACAGCACCAGCUUACACCAGCGAACAGACACCAGCAUGGUGAAAAUCGGGCACCCGAGAGCCGGAGACACCUCUGGAGCUGCCAGGCAGCCGAAUAACAACGGCGACAUGGAUAAAUUUAUUAAAAAAGCGGCGGCCACAGUGGCGGCAAGAGAAAGCAAGAUGGCGCCGAACCCGCUUCCUAAGUCGCUGAGUAAAGCGAUGGAGCCAAUUCUAGCUGAGCUCACUGCCACGCGCCAGGAUAUCCAGCAUAUUGGAGACAGGGUAGUUACCCUGGAAGCGCAACAAACCACAGUGCUCGAGCAUCAAAUAGCUACAGCCUCCUCCUUUCAAAAAUGCCGCACACACCUGAAUGACCUCCAUAAUGCCCUGGAGGACCAAGAGAACAGAGGGCGCAGGAACAACCUGCGAUUCAGGGGGAUACCAGAGACAGUCGCUGCGGAUGAUAUUCCUGGGGCCGUGAUAGAUAUAUGCUGCUCCCUGCUAGGCUCUGAUGGCCGCUCCGAUAUUGUCCUUGAACGUGCACACAGAGCGCUCAGGCCUAAGCCUAAAGGGACGGAACCGCCAAGAGAUGUAAUUUGCAGGUUCCUGAAUUUUCAAGUGAAGACCGCUGUCCUAGAAGCAGCUAGGAACCAAGAAGACCUGGCAUAUGAAGACUCCAGAAUCCUGAUUUAUCAAGACCUGGCCCCGUCUACAUUAAAGAAAAGAAGAUCGCUUAAGCCCUUGACGGACUGGCUCAGGAAGAACAAGAUCCUGUAUAGAUGGACCUUUCCCUUUGGGAUUUUGUUCGCCCAUGCAGGACGCCGCCUCACUAUCAACACCUUUGCUGACCUGAUGGGAGCGUACGAACACCUGCAGAUCCCACCUCUUGAGAUCGAGAACUGGGAACUUUAUCAAGAUAUUACAGAGCUUCCUGACCUGCCGAGGCCCGUUCCCUUUGAGCUACCACGAACACCAAAGGCCCAGAAGUUCAAGCGGAGGAACACCCCGAAAGAAGCAAGAACUCCCUCUGGAGCCCGGACUCGCUCGGCCUUCACUUUGCAGCCUCAGUAUCAGUGCGCCCUCCUGGAGAGGGAAGGUCAUUCAGCAAGGAGACGCACUUUAAGUUCAACCAUUACCCUAACCUUUCGCAUGGCCACUAUUCCCAAUGGUACCAUUGUGGAGAUCAGCUAUGGAGCGAUGGAUCCCAUCUUCAGUAACAAGCUCCUGUUUCCUUAUUUCUAUCGCACCGUCCCUGAUGGGUCCACUCAGUAUGAAGCCAUUGUCCUCCUACUGGAGAACUUUGGCUGGACCUGGGUGGGGAUGGUGACAGUAGAUGAUGAAAGCAGCCAACGAGCCAGCAUGGAGCUCUACAAUACACCGCGCUCGAUCUGUGGUGAGAGUUGCCUCCAUGGAUACUGGAAAGUCCUACUGGAAGGAAAACAGAAAUGCUGCUACUACUGUUCCCCCUGUGCAGAAGGCGAAAUCUCCAACCAGACUGAUAUGGAAACAUGCUUAGUGUGUCCUAACGAUCACUGGUCAAAUGGAAGAAGAGAUUCCUGCGUUCCAAGACCAAUUGAAUUCCUGUCUUAUGGAGACACACUGGGGUCAUCUCUAAUUAUUAUAACUCUUACAUUUUGCCUUGUGACUAUAGUUGUGUUGGGGAUAUUUAUAAAAAAUAAAGAUUCUCCAAUUGUGAAAGCCAAUAACCAGAAUCUCAGUUUCAUACUUCUCCUCUCACUCAUCUUCGCAUUUUUAUGUCCUCUCUUAUUCAUUGGACGUCCCUCAGAUAUAUCAUGUCUCCUCCGACAAGUGACUUUUGGAAUCAUUUUUAGCCUUGCAGUUUCUUCAGUCUUAGCUAAAACAGUGACUGUAGUCUUGGCUUUUCAAGCCAUUAAACCAGGCAGGACACUGAGGCAGUGGAUGAAGAGACACCUCUCCACAUCCUUACUUGUUAUAGGUUCAUCUGGAGAAGUUUUGAUCUGUGUCCUCUGGUUGUUUUAUUCUCCACCAUUCCCGGAUUAUAACACUGGACUAGAGGUUGGAAAGAUAAUCUUACAAUGUAUUGAGGGAUCUGCCAUUGCUUUCUACUUGUCCAUCGGCUACAUUGGAUUUCUGGCAAUGAUGAGCUUUAUUGUAGCUUUCUUGGCCAGAAGACUUCCAGACACCUUUAAUGAGGCUCAGUACAUCACCUUCAGCAUGCUGGUCUUCUGCAGUGUGUGGAUCUCCUUCAUCCCGGCCUACCUCAGCACCAAGGGGAAGUACACGGUGGCUGUGGAAGUUUUUGCCAUCUUAUGUUCCAGUGCUGGACUUCUGGGCUGUAUCUUCAUUCCCAAAUGUUACAUUAUUCUACUGAGACCAGAACUCAACACAAAGUCCAAUAUAAGGGUCAUAAGAAGACAUUGUACUGGAGAAUUUUGA